GGAAAACAAGAUUUAACUAUGUUAAGGAAUCCAUUCUCUUAAUCAUUUUAAUUAAUGUGUAAACACAUUUAGUAUAUAUUCUUCCAUUGUCCUUAAUUUUUUGUAAUCAAAUUAUGAGAGAUUUGAUUCUUCUUCAUAUGCUUGAGUCGUGAAACUGCCUAAUUUCAUAUACACAACAGAAUCAUUGUCAAGUGAUAGUUAAAACAAGAUGUGGAGUUCAAGAGCAUGCUGCAAGAAACAUUCAAAUUUAUUCCAUUUUGAAGAACAAAGAAAUGAAGACAACAAGAAAAAGUUUCAUGACAGACAGAAGAGUAAUAAUUUUGUGAUAAGGGAGGUUCCAAUACACAAAUUGUUCAAUGUAGAUCAUCGUACUAACAAUGGUUCCGGCGACAUGUCGGAUUUUAUCAAAGGAAAGAAUUUUUCUAAAGACAUUAAUGCAAUAGACUAUGAUAUACCUGAGCUUGUUGUUUUUAUUCAAGAGGAUCAUCAUCAGCAAUAUGUGAAGGACAUUUGCAUUGAUAGGGAAGUUUUACCAAAGUUUGACAAGAAUAGAAGAAGUGAUUUAAAUGUAGGAAAUAUGGAAGCAAUGUCAAUGAAUUCAUUUGUAUCACAAUGUGCCUCUGAACAACUUUCCUUUAAGGAUGCAAUGAAAGUUCAUGAUUUCAGAAACUUUAUGAUGAAAAGUGAAGUGGAUGUUGAUUCAAGAGACAAGUUUUCAAUUGAUCACCACUAUACAAAGAAUAAAAGAUCACUUACACUUAGAGAGGCAUUCAAAAAGGAAAGUAGGUCCUUUGAGAAUUGGAAAAUAAACUCACUUUUAAGAACAAGUGGCAGCAGAGUGGAGUUUCCAAAUAGCACAGACAUUGUACAAGUGAUUGACACAAACAUGUAUAGACCUGAUAUAAGUUACUUACAAAGUCUAAAAAGUUCAGACAAAAGACAAGUUGAUAAUCCUUAUGAAGAGACUUCUAAUAGUGCAUUGGAAUCUGAAUCUGGUCCAACAUCAUAUAUUGGUCAUGCACACACUUCUAGCUUUGCCUCUCACCAAUCUAAUGAUAGCAUCAGCAGUACACACUCAUUUGCUUUUCCUAUAUUAUCUGUGGAAUGGAGUGGAAGUCCAGUGAGAAUGAUGGAAGCUGAUAAAAGUCAAUCAAGAAAGCACAGAUGGAAGAAGAUAUGCUUUCCAUGCUGUGAUUAGGAUGCCUAAAUAUAUAGCAGCAUACACUUAAAGUGUGAAGUGAAGUUCUUUCAAGGUGGGUGUAAAGUGAUAUUUUAUUAUAUGCAUAAAACUUACUAUAUCAAAGGGACUUCAAUUUUCUAGUAGAAAAGAGAAAAAAAUAAAUAAAACAAUAAAUAAAAUAAUAAUGAUAAUAAUAUUAUUUUAUUUAUUCUCUUUUUCUUUUAUUGAAGUGAGUUUUGCACCCUUAUAUAUGGUAUGCCAGUUGAUUAUGUCAUUUUUCAAUUUUUAAUUAAACAGUUGUAUAUAUUGAAUAUUGCCUCUAUGUAUUAUCAUGUUUGACUGACA